AUGAAGAACGUGAAGAAGCACCUGUGCUGCCUGCUGCGUGUCAUGAUGCCCUGCGUUGGCUUUGCGUUGAUUUGCAUGGCCUACCUUCUGUCCCAACAGGGCGGCGGCGACGACAACGACGUAGACUCAUGGGCACUCAUCCUUGCUUACCUCCUGAUGGUGUUGGGCUUCUUGGCCAUCUUUGCCGGCGUCAUUUGGAGCUUCUGCCACCGCAUGAAGAGCAAAGUGUAUCGGAGGAGAAGACUACAACAUGACAUCCAAGUGUACACCAUCGAGAGAAGACCCAGCUCCUUCCCCCCCGCCUAUCAGGAGUUCCAGGGGGGCCACCAGAGUCCACAUCCAGGAGAAGAACUGAUCCUGGAGGAGGUGCAGGUGAUCUUGGGCUUGGCACCUCCACUCUACAGCCGGGACAGCGCUCAGAGUCCAGACUGCACAUGGAGCUGGGAGCAGCCGCCUCCUUACAGUCUGUAUCCUGAGGAAAGGACUGAGGCUUCCUUUGGGAUGUGUGGAUGAGAGAGAGUGGGGUCCACAGAAUGGAGGAAGAGUUCUAAACAUGCAUGAUGCACCCCCAAGUGACUAAGGCCGGGCAUUUGCACAAUAGUGCCGAGAUAUGUGGUUACACAACAUGACACACAUGGUCGAUCCAAGGACAGCCAAGGGAGCAUCAAGACAUUGACACUGACUUGUCUGUGUUUCUAUUGUUUGUAUAAGGCAGUGGUUCUCAAAUGGGGGUAUGCGUACCCCUGGGGGUACUAGAAGGUAUGCCAAGGGGUACGUGAGAUUUUUUUUAAAUAUUCUAAAAAUUGCAACAAUUCAA